CAAUUUACCAAUUUUGAGUUCAUUUCCAUUUUGCACUUGGUCCGUUGCUUGUAGUUCGCUCCUAGCUGAUGUUGAUGCCCAAUUUUUUCUUGCAUCAUUUUAGCUUCUGGGCUUGUCUCUAAUUUGCUAUUUUGGAGUACGAAGUGUUGGAAGAAUGUCGGAGGGGAUGGCAGAGUCGCUCAUGCACAACAUCAUGGAUACAAUUUCUGAUAAUGUAUCAAAGCACAAGAAAGUUUCAUUCUUUGAGGAGGAUGACUCGAGCUCUGUCAGUUGUAAGCUGAACAAAUUGUUUGGGCGCGAGAAGCCUGUUCACCACAUUCUUGGUGGUGGAAAAUCUGCUGAUGUCCUACUAUGGAGGAACAAGAAGAUCUCAGCUAGUGUCUUAGGUGGCGCCACUGUUGUUUGGGUGCUCUUUGAGUGGCUCAACUACAAUUUUCUCUCACUUGCAUGCUUUGCUCUCAUCAUUGCUUUGUUGCUUCAGUUUCUUUGGACUAACGCUUCAAGCAUGCUGAACCGGUCUUCAUCCUCACCCCCGCGUGUCAUUCUUCCAGAGGAGGCUUUUGUGAACAUAGGCAAGUUGGUCGGGUUUGAAGUGAACCGGAGCUUGAUCUACCUGCAGGAUAUCGCAUGUGGAGGCACCAUUAAACAGUUUCUCAUGGUUGUUGGUAGCUUGCUUGCUGCUGCUAUUAUUGGGAGCUGGUGCAAUUUUCUCACUGUGAUAUACAUUGGUUUCAUUGCUGCUCAUACGCUGCCAGUCUUGUACGAAAAAUACGAUGACCAAAUCGACAACUUCAUCUUGGGCGCCCUGGGGCAGGUGCAACACAACUACAGCAAGCUAGACACCGGUGUUCUCAAACGAAUCCCAAGGGCCGGCUCGUUCAAAACCUGGGGGAGGAAGGCUGAUUAGGGGUUUCGCCGCCACUCUGCAAGAAACACUUAAUAUGUACGAUGUGAUGUUGUUGAAGACCAUAGGGUCUCAAACUACUACAGCAACAAACACUUGAUAUGUACAAUAAGAAACACUUGUUACUCUCUUAUUAGUUGGUAGUGUUCAUAUUUGCUAAA